AUGCUGGCAGCCCUCGGCCGCUAUUUAAAAGAGCAUGACUACAAGUACUCUAAAAUAAGAGACCGAGAGUUUCACCAGUCGAAGUUGGUACUCGAAGGAAAAGUGAAGUGUCUCCGUCAACAAGGAAAAGGCAAGAGACCCAACGCCGCGAACGCACUGAUAGCCAAAGAAGAAAAAAUGCUAUGGAGUGAACAAAGUCUCAGCGACUGCAGUCCAAGAGUUCUGUCCCAGACGAUGUGGUGGAUCUUGACUCAACAUUUUGGCCUGAGGGGAAGACAGGAACACCAUUCAAUGGAAGUCGAGGACUUCAGUUUUUGUGUGGACAACAGCGGCACAGAGUACGUCACAUUUAAAGAAAAUCCUACAAAGACAAGGCAGGGAGGACUGAACACAAAUCAUCGUAGUGUUCUGCCAAAAAUGUUCGCUACUGGUGGUCAGAGAUGUCCUGUUGAGUUACUGAAGCAAUACCUUAGUAGGUGUCCUCAAGAGCUGCGCGACAAAGGUCCUUUUUACCUUGCCAUAAUCGAAAAUCCCAAAACAAAUGUUUGGUACAGGAAGCAGCGGCUCAGCAUAUGA